AUGGCAGCAGGGAAUUCUUCGCUGGCGAUCGGCAUGGACAACACGGGGCUGGAGCCGUGGCGGGAGUUCUUCGGGGGCCUCGACAUAUUCGAAGUGAUAGGACACGCCAUCCUCGUCGCCGCGACCGACUCGCCGCUGGAGUUCCGACGACACCGUGACGGCAUCGUGGAGCAGAUCUACAGGGCGUCGGCAAUCCCGGCCCCGGGGAGGGACGCCGGCGAGGGGCCCGGCGGGGCGUCGCACGUGUCAGAGAAGAGGAGGAAAAUGACAAGCUGCAAGGGCGCACCUCAGGUGGAGCCUGAGGACGACGACGAGGAAGAGGAGAUCCCUGACCAGCACCUGCACCUAGCUGCAGUAAGCAACCAGCACGUCCAUGGCUAUGGCGACAAUGCCAACGCCUACCGGGAGAUGGGGAUGGAGUGGCUCCAUACGCUUGUGGAUCAGAUGGACGACGAGAUCCGGGAGACCAACGAGGUGCUCCGAAUCAAGGCGAUCCUCCUGAACCACCACGAGAAGUCAGCCGACAUCUUGUUCGAGUCGCUGAAGAGGCUGCAGCUAAUGCAGCUCACUGUUGACAAACUCAAGAAUACUGAUAUUGGCGGUGCAGUUACUGCAUUGAGCAAGCACAACUCACAUAAAAUCAGGAAGCUUGUGCGCGCUAUCGUCAAGGGCUGGAAAGUUGUGGCUGAUGAAUGGAUUGCUGCUACGAAGGCUACAAUGAAUAAAUCGCUGGACAAGUCGAAUCCAUCGGCUGUUGAAGAUGAAGGAGGGCUUGCUAUUCCAGCUAUGGACGUAGGUGCAUUUUUUGUGAGCCCUGCUACUGCUAUUCAACAUGUUUCUGAGAAAACGGGGAUGCCAGCACAAUCAUUGGCAGGGCCCAAUGUUGGGAUAGGGAAGAGGAAGAUCCAGUUAGCUAAUAUGGGACUGGAGACGACGAAGCGCAAGCUACAUGAAGCUUAUCAGGAAGCUGAAAACGGGUGCACAAAAGUUUCAUCAAACAGAACAAGGAAUCGGAGGGAAGAAGGAGAAAGAGGGGGAGCCCGGAGGCUUACGUUGACUGGGGUGGUUGUCCACGGCGACGGUGAUAGUGGACGAGAGCGCAGGGCAUGGCAGCGCGGCCUCCUCAGCGCCAGGGUGCUCGUCGGGGUGGAGGCGGCAGGCUCCUCGACGUCAGGGUGGUGGUCCUUGACGAUGGCGGUGGUGGACAAGGGUGCAGUGCACGGUAGAACAGGCUCCUCGGUGUCGGGGAGGAGGCAACGAGCUCCUCGGCGUCGAGAUGCUGGUCCUCAGCGAUGA